UCUAGCGCUAGAUGGCGUGCCACCUAGAGUGGGCAUAUCCCCUCGAUGCAGAGCCCAAUACAAGCAGUCUUAGACACACACUUGUCUUUAUAACAUGGUGUCAGAAGUGUGCUCUCAAAACUCGACGGUGUUGAGUCGUAACCGCGUGGUUUGUGAGUAUUGAACUGCAUCCUUCUUUAUCGUACGCAUCCUCCGUGUUGUUGAACUGCAUCCGUCUUUAUCUCGUGCAUCCGUUUGUCUUGCACCAUUUUCUUGAAAUGUCGUCUUCGUUGAGGGCUCCUGAACCUUUUUCUUUCGGGGCCAGUGAUUUGGCGGCCCAGUGGGGUAUGUGGCGUAAACAGUUUUCGUGGUACUUGGUGGCUACAAAUAGCGGCCUUAACGUGGAUGAAGAGCAAAUGGUGGGCGUGCUCAUCACUCUUCUUGGCAGUGAGGGCCUCAAAAUUUACGAAACUUUUGUGUUCAAUCCAGCCACCGAUGCCAGAAAAAUUGAGCCGGUGUUAGACAAAUUCACUGCCCAUUUUGAGCCCCGACGUAGUGAAGUUUUCGAGCGUUUUAAAUUCCUGCGUCGUCAUCAACUCCCUGGUGAAACUUUUGAUGCGUGGUUGAUUGAUCUUCGUGGUCUCGUGAACUCAUGUGGCUAUGGUACUGGUGUUGAUUCGGUCUUACGGGACCAGAUAGUACUCGGUGUGGCUGAUCCUUAUGUCCGUGAAAAGCUGUUGUACGAAAAAGAUUUGCUGCUCGCCACUGCGUGUGAAAUUGUGCGUGCAUGUGAGUCAUCGAAAGCCCAGCUCAGCCAAAUCAACACACCGUCGACAGCAGAAGCCGCUCACGCCAUUCAGAGUCGACCUGGUGGCCGGAAGGUUGAGAGAAAGCCGGAUUCAUCAUUCAGAGCUCAGCAUGAGCAGCAGCCGUCCGCUAGUCAACACUCAGCCCAGCAGUAUCCCAAGUGUAAAGAUUGCGGUCGUUCCCAUAGAAAAAAUCAGUGUCGGGUCACGAAUGUUACGUGUUUUAAUUGCAACGUGGUCGGCCAUGUAUCUAGUUGCUGUCCGAAUCCACCCAAGCCCCGCCAGAUGUCGUCACGUCAAGCACCAAGCCCCGCGGCCAAAGUUCAUGCUGUGGAGGAGGAGACGCACUGGAUUGGUGAUGUCGAUCGUGGCGGUACGGCGAUGGCCCUCCCGCGGUCGGUUGAAGAAAGUUACUACGUCUCUCAUGCCAUAACGUCAUCUGGUGGUGAAUCUGAGUGGCGCCAAGAAGUGACAGUAGAUGGCGUUAAAGUUAACUUCAAGCUUGAUUCGGGCGCCACAUGCAACAUUCUGCCGUAUGAGUCAUUUUCUCGGCUGCCCAAAACACGCCGCUGUCUUCGCCCUGGGCCCAUUGUUCGCAGUUAUCGUUCACAAGAUGGCCUCUUACGCGUGCUCGGAUUGCACACAGCCAAAGUGGUUCACAGAGGCGCUUUAUUUGUCAUCGACUUUGUCGUAGUUGACGAGCCUGGCCAGCCACCCCUUCUAGGACUCCCGUCUUGCGACAAGCUGAACUUGAUUCGGCGAGUCGAUGCUGUUCAGUCGCCAGUAGAAGCUCCGCUGCCGCCAAUCGUCGUGGAAUUUAUGGACGUCUUCGAAGGAUUAGGUAAAUUACCUGUCGAACACGACAUUAGGCUGCUGUCGGGUGCUAAUCGCGUGGAUCCUGUUGUGUGUGCAGCCAGUCGACUUCCGUUCCGGCUGGAGGAUCGCGUUUUCAAGAAAUUGGACGAAAUGGUCAACGACAAAAUCCUCACCCCCGUGCAAGAGCCAACUGAGUGGGUCAGCCGAAUGAUGGUGGUGGGAAAGCCGGACGGUGAUGUCCGUAUUUGUCUGGACCCGUUUGAGCUCAACAAGGCUAUUCAACGUCAACAUUUUGCCGUCCCCACCAUUGAGCAGCUGUUCAGCAAGUUGGCGUCCUAUUUGUGCACAAUGGCCACUCCGAAAGGCCGUUAUCGCUUCCUCCGGCUGCCGUUUGGGUUGAAGUCAGCCCCUGAAAUUUAUCUUCAGACGAUGAACGACUUGUUUGGAGACCUGCCCGGUGUCCUCAUCUAUUUUGAUGAUUUCCUUGUAACGGGUGAAACGGAAGAGGAACUACUCGCCAACCUUCGUCAAGUGUUUGAGCUCCCGUGGCUAGGCCAUGUUAUUGGCCAGGGAAUUUUAAAGCCGGACCCUCUCAAAAUUUCGGCGAUUGUGGAAAUGCCUGAUCCGACUUGUCCGGCUGAUCUCGUCCGUCUCCUGGGCAUGGUGACAUACCUGGACAAAUUCUGCCAAAAUCUCGCGGGUCUGACACGACCCUUACGUGACUUACUCAAAGCAGACGCAGCGUGGGUGUGGGAAGAGCCCCAGAAGAUGGCCCUUGGUCAGCUUAAAAGUGCAUUGUCGUCUCUUCCAGUGCUACGACUGUUUGACCACUCACUGCCCUUGGUUGUGUCCGUUGAUGCGUCUCCCGUCGGCAUCGGUGCAGUGUUGCUUCAAAAUAACCAGCCGAUCGCGUACUCGUCAACGUCGUUAACCGAUACUCAAAAACGGUACUUUCAGAUCGAAAAGGAGCUGUUGGCGGUCCAGUUUGGACUCAUGCGCUUCCGGCAGUACGUCUAUGGCCAAAUGGUGGUGGUUGAAACCGAUCACAAGCCGUUGGUUGGCCUCCUGGAGAAGCCCAUUGCGUCUUGUUCCCCGAGAAUCCAGCGGAUGCGUCUUCAACUCCAGCGAUUUGAUUUCCAGCUCGUCUACAAGCCGGGCAAGGAGCUGUUUAUCGCCGACACGCUUAGUCGGGCUCCGUCGCCCCGCCUCUUUACCGAUGACAUCACUCAAGACUGCGAGGAGCAGGUUCACGCUGUUCUUGACCUGAUAAUUCCUCAUGAUUCAACUCGUGUCAAGUUUGCUGCAGCAACAAUGGCAGACCCGACUCUCCGUCUCCUGAAAGAAGUCCUUCGGCGUGGAUGGCCUGAUCACAAGGCCCAGUGUCCGGUGGCCGUUAAGCCGUUCUGGCCAGUACGCCACCACUUGUCUGAAGCUGAUGGUCUGCUACUCAAUGGCAGCCGGUUGGUGGUUCCGAUUUCGCUUCGGCAGGAAGUGUUGGCCGGAAUACACGACGGCCAUUUUGGAGAGGUGAAGUGCAUCUUACGGGCCAAGUCAGCCGUUUAUUGGCCCGGGUGUGACGAGCAAAUUCGCAACAUGGUGGCCAGCUGUUCGACCUGCCAAACGCAUCGCCAUCGAAACCCAGCGCAGCCUCUUCGUCCAGUGCCGUUGCCGGUUCAUGCAUUUCAGUGGGUGUCGGCUGACAUUUUUCUACAUGGUGGCGUCAACUACCUCCUGAUUGUUGACGCAUAUAGCAAGUGGCCGGCAUGCGUUCCGUUGCGCAGUUUAUCAUCGUCGUCCGUCGUCGCCGAAAUGGAACGCAUAUUUAGUGACUUUGGCGUUCCGGAAAUUGUCAUGUCCGACAAUGGCUCUCAGUUCGAUUGCGCCGAAUUUCGAGAGUUCUGCGAGGGCCGUGCCGUUCGGUCAGUGACGUCCAGCCCAACCUACGCACAGUCCAAUGGUCUGGUGGAGCGCCACAUACAGACAGUAAAAAAGACGCUCCUAAAAAUGUUUACGGAUGGCCGAUCUCUGUGGGAGGCCUUGGCGGCCAUUCGGUCAACUCCAAUAUCGUCGGAAUUGCCGUCUCCGGCAGUGUUAUUGCAGGGACGCCACCUUCGUGGCAGCUUGCCGUUUCUGCAGGAUCGUCUGGCUCCACAAUUUGUAUCUGCCAAGUUCGUUCACGGCCAGCUCCAGCGUCGUCAGGCUACGGCUUGUUUUACUCACGGCGGUCGUCCGGAUGUUCGUGGGUCGGCGCUCAUUAUCGGUCAACGUGUCCGGGCGUUCGUCUCUGGAUUGUGGUUACCAGGUGCCGUCGAAGCUGUUUGCAGCGAACCGGACUCAUAUGUCGUUCGGUUGGCGGAUGGGCGAGCCUUUCGUCGGACGCGCCGCGAUAUAAAUCUUGACAACUCGCCGUCGGCAGGAUUGGCCGUGGGUCAACAGAGUGGUGGUGCUGCUGUAGUCCCGUCAGCUGUUCGCGGUUAUCGCCCCGCCCCUGCUAAUCAUCUACUGCCGGCCCUGUCUUGGUCUCCGCCUGGUCCGCCUGCCCGCGCUGUGAAUGUUCCAGUUGCCCAGCCGCUUCCGGUAGCCCUGGGUCAACCGUCAACGGCACCACAGCCUCCGCCAGUAGUUGUCAACCCGGCGCCCGGCCCGGCAUCCCCUGCUAGGCCACGUACGGCGUCCGUCUCAACCGACCAGCGUGCUGCCGUCCAGCGGCCCUCUGUCCAGCCCCCCCUGGCUGUGUCAAGUCCGCUGGCCGUCGCGCCUCAUCGUCCGGGCUCGACUCGCUCUGGUCGCCCUUACCUCAAACCGUCUUAA